CAUAUAAUUUUUGUUUUGCGACAGCCGCGCCGCGUUUGUCCGUACGCAUGUGCUUUCGCGGCGCUGCCAACGCAGAUUUUUAACGCAGCAGCACAGCCUUUUUAAUGUUUUAAUGAUGGUGGAGUGCUGUUUGACUUCGUGUGAGCAGCGGGGGCGUGUGGACGGCUACGGGAACAAGGUGUCUUAUCAUGCACUGCCCAGGAACUCCCGCCAUCGGAAGUUGUGGCUGGCUGCGCUGGGGCAGAAGCAGCCUUCAAACUGGACCAAAGUACGAAUUUGCUCGAGGCAUUUCAGAGACCAGGACUUUGUGCCGACUGUACAGCAUGGCCGCAGGCUCCUCCCAACAGCAGUUCCCCAGGUGUGCCUUCACAACGAGCAUGAUGGUGCCGUUAAGUGGUACCUUGGUGAGACGGCAUCACCCAGCUCUGGUCGGGAGGUGGCAGAGCCGAAAGGUGAAGUUGAGGAGCUUCGCCGCAAGGACGAGGAGAUUGCACGCCUGAAAGACCAGCUGCAGGCUUCGGACAUGAUCAUUGAGAACCUGCAGCAGCAGAUCUGCCGACUAGAGCACAAGUGUUUUGAACUCGAGGUGACAUCCAAGAAGUUCUGCCUCGAGACGCUCAAGACACUGGAGAAGUGGUGUGAGCUUGUCUAGUCACUGACUGCUGUGCCGCUCUUUUAUUCUUCCAAAAACUUUACAGUUACGUGAUGUGUGAGUGUGGUAGACUGUACAAACGUGGUGCAAAGUUCAGUGCCUUCAUCGCUACCUCUGUCAGCACGGGACUUAGUUUUGCUGCAUACAGUACCCCUGAGUGAUUGCACAGAUGAAGCACAUACUCAGGAUCUUUCAUUGUUACAGAUCUUUAUAACAAUAAAAUGUGUUCCCAUUUUC